AUGAAUUUCCUUAGCUUAAUACUUUCUGCCAUUCUUGUAUGUCAAGUUGCAGCACAUCCAGUGUCAAAAAGACUUUAUCAGCCAACAUCACCGAUGUUCUCUCUUAUUGCAGAGCAUGAUGGAGCAGUCUUCCAGGCACAUUUAGUCAAAUUUGAUGGUACAGAUUUAAAAUUAGUGGCUGAUGAGGCAGCAUUUUUCGGAAGGAUCAAAGCUAAUAAUGGUUACGUGUUGAAUAUUCCUAGUGCUGAUAAUAGCACUAAUAGCACCAAUUCUGGAGUUCCUCCAUCUACCACUAAUGUCUUGAUUGACGACCAUGACAAAUUAACAACUACCGUUGGAGCUGCUACAGAACAUUUUGGAAUUGAGAAAUCUUUGUUGACAUACAAAAAUUCCACUAGUUUCGUUGCCUGCGGUGACCAAUCAUAUCGUGGUGAAUAUAGCGUCUAUUUCAAGCCGGGAAGCAAUUUUACCUGCCCAUUUAAUUCCACUGGCUACGAUAUUAAUCUUAGAGUACAAGUCGAUGCCACUGUUAACUACAAUCCAAAUGUCAACAUCUAG